ACACCAGCAACACAACAAGACAUAAUGCUACAGGAACCGACCAUCGACCCCAGGCUGUUGACAGCUGAACAAUCGCAGACGGUCGCUCAAACAGCGAACGCCACCCCCAGCCCGGAGACCAAUAAAGCAACGCCCACGGCCGACUCGCCAAACUAGCUACCCCCGUAUCCCGUCGACGAUACGCAGGAGGACUUUGGUAUACAAGAUGCCGACGCGUGGCUGGCUAACCUAGUAAACGAGUUCGAAGGGGACUGGCCACACGAUAUAGCAGAGACCACGAGAUCCCCACCAACCUCGAUAGUAGCAGACACCCGUACAACAAAAGGAAACAUCUACAAAGAAUGCGACUGCCUACAGCACCAGGAAAUUUACAAUAACUGGCCAACACAUAACGCCGAGCUAACCAUAGCCCGAUGCAUAAAGAUAUGCGUAUACUGUGGAAGAGACUUCACAUACGCAGCCGAAUUGCGCACACACCUAAAGAAGAGAGUAGAUUACGCUCGAAGGAACUUAACAGUAUGCCAAGAGACACAAGGAAGAACCAGUACAUCUACCCCCAGCUGGAAAAGUAUAACCCCGAAGUCCCCAUCCCGCCGAACAGGAACCCGCGCGGCUCGAAGCCGAUCCCCCACAUACAGUGCCGACGCCGCACCAGAUCAAUGCUAGGACACCAGGAACUACGCAUUUUACAGUACAACGUCCAGAAGUCAAGAAAUAUCGUCCUUGCCAGCCUAUUCCAAAACCCAAAGGUACUUAAAUACGAC